AUGUACCCGGACAAGCUAAACACCUCCUUCACCCGCGACAAGGAAAACACAGUCCCAGAGAAGCGGGCCACCGCUAMUCACAAGGAUUGUGAGCUCUUAUUCUCUGUGGCUGACAUGAGUAAGACGUUAACCCUCAUAAUGCAGCCGGCCCAGAAGACAUCCCAAGCUGCGUCCUCAGAACAUUCAGUCAGGUCAGUCAACACCCUGGGCUCCACCAUCAACUGGUCAGCCGAGUACCUAGCCUCCCUGAUCUUCAUCCUCCUCAGCCUGGGCUCCACCAUCAACUGGGCAGCCGAGUCGGACAACCCUCCCCCCGCAGACCUGGUCCUCAUCUCGCUGUGCUUUGGCCUGGCCAUCGCCACCAUGGUGCAAUGCUUCGGACACAUCAGUGGCAGUCACAUCAACCCGGCGGUCACUGCGGCCAUGGUGGUGACCAGGAAGCUGAGCCUGGCCAAGGGUGUCUUCUACCUGGCUGCCCAGUGCCUGGGGACGAUCACUGGGGCAGGGCUCCUCUACCUGGUGACACCAGUGUCUGUCAGAGGGGGCCUUGGAGUGACUAUGGUGAACCCUAAGCUCAACGUGGGCCAAGCCCUGUUGGUGGAGCUCCUGAUCACCUUCGAGCUGGUCUUCACCGUGUUCGCCACCUGCGACCCCAAACGCUCUGACCUUAACGGCUCGGCUGGCCUCGCCAUUGGAGUCGCUGUAGCCAUCGGCCAUCUGUUCGCGAUCCCAUACACAGGAGCCAGUAUGAACCCCGCUCGCUCCUUUGGGCCUGCAGUCGCCACCAUGAAUUUUGAAAACCACUGGGUGUACUGGGUUGGUCCAAUCCUGGGUGGCAUAAUGGCGGCUGCCCUCUAUGAAUACCUGUUCUGCCCGGACCCCGAGCUGAAGAGGAUGCUCCGGGACGUCUUCGAGAAGAAUCCAGCAUCGAGGAAGUACAGGGAGGUGGAGGGCAACGGCGUGUACCUGAGGGAACCAGAUGACCUGAUCACCAAGCCACCGUCCAUCCACCACAUCGACCUGGAGAAGGGGGGAAAAGAAGGAUAUUUUCCGGGACUUGACAGGCGAGGUGCUGUCAUCCAUAUGACUACCACGGGCACUGAAGAGGGAGACCAAUCUGUAGAGCAGGGGGAGAUCCAGAGAGAGACACUUUCAGUCAGGGUCCUCCACCACUGCAGCCCCCUACUCCAAGCCCCCAUGCCUUAACCCACACAACUCACUUCUCAGACAGAAUAUGAUUUCUGCAUGUCCUCGCAAUGUAGGUGUGUUCAUGUACAUGGAGGGGAGCCUUCCUCAACAUUUGUGAGGUAAUUGGAUAAUAUAAAACUUUGCACACUACUCCAACCAAUUACCCAUAUCAUAUGAAAUCUAUUGAUCUCUGCAAUCUUGUCCCAUCAUCUUCUGGCCCAGAUGUGUUUUCUUGUGGCACUCUACUACACUGCAGGAUGAUAACAAUAGACUAUACUUCAGGGAUUUCUGUCAGGGCAAAGUGUCCAGGUCAACCAUUCACAAUGAGUCAUCACACUGAAUUUGGUAACUGGAGACAAAACGGCAGGCUUAUUUUGGGGGGAGAUUAGUGUCACAAAUUGUAUUUGUAUAUGAGGGCAUAAGAGAUAUUAUUUACAUAUGGUCGUUAAGCACAUUAUAAAACCAAUGCUAUGAUGGACAAGUUCUAUCGGACAUCUUCAGCCCGCUCCUGUAUUGUUUGUACUUAUUUUACAUUCUCAGUGCACAUUGGUCAGGGAAGAAAACAAUGAAGCUUUGCCUAUAACAUAUCUAUCUUAACACACAGAGUUUAAGUGUGUAGCAACAGAUCAUAAACAAACCAUCAAAUAGCAGUUAUAGAUCGUAAAGGCUGGUGGGAGGAGCUAUAGGAGGACGAGCUCAUUGUAAUGGCUGGAACGUUUUAUAAAU